AUGGGUUGGUCCAAGAAAACAGGGGGGCGUGUCGGCCAGAAGCUGUCUGCCAUGCCAAAACGUAGUGCCGCCUCCAAGCCACAGUUAGAGGAGCUUCAGACAUUGCACAAUAAGUCUGUGGAAGAUGAGAAGGAAGAUGAGAGUAUCGAGGAGGUUGAGGCGGAGCGAGAGGCCAAGCAAGUUGGGAUAAAAGACCAAAAGAAGGAGGGUCUCGAGGCUGUCCAGGCACCGGUUGUGCAGCCGCGUAAAGAUUCGGGCCUCGCUGACGAGCAUGUCGAGACAUCAUCCAACACAAUCGACGAUGGAUUCUCUCUCGUAGAGAAUAAGAAGCCGAAACAGAAUCGGAAGCAGGGCUGGCUCCUCGAGAUCAUGCGCGAGCCCGAGCCUCGUAGUGACCCGAGGGCCACGUCCACAUGGGGCAAAGUGACGCGUGUAGCUACUACCGCCAUCACCCAGAGACUGCGGGUGCACUUCGCCGCAAAGACCGAGUCUGCAUCCAGGAUCCCUCAAUGCAUCUACGUGCGUGAGCUCCAACGCGGCAUCCCUCUAUAUCAUUACGUCGUCAGUGAGUACGAUGGGCCCCGUCCGCCCCCUGCACAAGUAUUCCAAGGUCAGGGCGGACGCUGGUAUCUGGAAAAGCCUCGAAUCACCGCUCUGCUGAACAUCUACGCCUUCCACGCCGACGAGGCGUAUUUCUACACCUUCAACGGCGUGGGCCUCAACCAUCAGCCUGCAGACAUCCAGCAGGAGCACGUCGGCAUUCGGCCGCUCGGGGUGGCGCCUUCAGAGUGGAAGAAGAACUUCAGACAGAACGACCACAAGCCCCUUGUGGUCAAGUCUAUGCGGGAAGCCUCGUUCCACAUCAACCCCAUCUCCACGUGUCACUUCACCGGAACGCACCCAUUCAAGUUCGACCGACGUGCCCGGAUCCUGGGGGAGCUGGAGACGUCGUCCAUGAAUGAGCUCGAUGCGCUCCGUCGGAACUCUCGACAUCGAUAG